AGUGUCGGGCCGGGGAAACCAGAUGAAGCACAUCUGGACAGCUGUGCUGAGAAAGUUUGUGGGCCCCUUCCAGGCCUGUCACCCGCAAGGCACGUCCCCCACGUAGCCUCCUGCUAGCCACUUAUUACUUAAUUUUUUUUUUCCCCAAGAAGCAAUCAGCAACCCACGCUUGAAUCUUUUUCUUCCCUCCCAUGUGAGGCGAGGCCACAUCACAUUCAACACAGUUUAAUUUUCAUGGGGCUUUGCGAUCAAAAGAACAGAAACAGCGACCAAAGCUCAGCUGCCUUCUGAUCCUAACUGACAAAGUGGGGAGAAUAAGGUGCAAACAGGCCAAACGGGUCAUGGGGAGUUUCAAAGGUCAUGCUCUCCCUGGGAGUUUCUUCUUCACCAUGGGCGUUUGGUGGACUAUGAAGAAUAUCCUGAAAUCUGUCUACAAAAGGCAAACUCGAACCUGCUACCUUAAUUCUAAAUCAUUAUUACGUCGAACGGAGAUUUGGGAAGGAGUUGUUGUGCUUUUAAUGUCUCUUACUGGUAUAGUUGGUGAACAGUUUAUCUCAGGAGGACCCGCCUUGAUCUUGUAUAAAGACGGCCAGUGGAACCAGAUCCUGGGCUGGCAUCACACAACCAUGUACUUAUUCUUUGGGCUGCAGGGUAUAACCCAGAUCAUAUGUUUCACUACUAAUGCACUUCCACUUUCCCUAAGCAAGUUAAUGUUAUCAAUUGCCAUCUUUGUGGAGACAUUUAUGUUCUACAACCACACACACGGUCGGGAAAUGAUUGACAUUUUUGUACACCAACUUCUGGUCUUCGUCAGCAUAUUUGCUGCUCUGGUUGCCUUCUUGGAGUUCCUCAUAAAGAACAAUCCACUUCUGGAGCUCCUGCGGUGCAGUCUCCUCAUGCUUCAAGGAACCUGGUUCUGGCAGAUCGCUUUUGUGCUGUACCCCCCUAAAGGAAGCGCUACAUGGAACCUGUCAGAUAUUCACAAUAAAAUGUUUCUCUCAAUGUGCUUUUGCUGGCAUUAUGCAUCAAUCAUUAUCCUCAUUGGAGUAAAAUAUGCUUUGGCCAACUGGUUAGUCAAGUCUAGACUGAGGAAGGGCUGCACCUCAGAAGUUGGACUCCUGAAGCAUACUGACCGUGAGCAAGAAUCAGAAGAAGAAGUGUGAUCUUGAUGGGCAUCUAGUCUUUCUUGAUGAGCCUUCUCACUUUGCGUUGCCUUUAUUCAUGGCUUUGUUUCUUGACCUUUUGUCCCAAGAGCACUUGUCUGAGGCUGACUCCAUGCUAUUUGUACUUCCAGUUUUGUUAACGUGUUGGACUUUAAAUAUCUUACUUUCAUCUCUGAAUGAACCAUGGGUGAUAAAUUCACUUUUCACACUGUGCAUGCCAUGUAAUUCAAGAGCAAACAUAGUUGUUUUCCAAAGUUUAGUUUUGUGUCCAUUUAUUAAAAUUAUAUAUUUUAUUUUCCGGGUGGAUACCUUCAAGAUUUGUGGACUUGCCAUCACUGUAAUACAUUAAGUGUUGACUUGCAUUUGUCUAUCUUGUUGCCACAAUGGAAAAUAAAUGAAUGCAUGCACCUUGGUGCAGAAA